GGAGCUGUUAACAAAGGUCGCGGGUGUGUGGACAUUCAUGCAUAGAGCUUAUUCGUACAGUGCUUUGAUUAUGACUCUAUUUGAGUCCAAAGCACCUGAUUCAGAAGUGAGCUAUUUGUUUGAUGAGAUGAAGGCUGAUGGUGUUUCCCCUGUUGGAUUAACUUACGCAAUCCUUAUAAAUGGCUUUUGUGAAAGAAAUAAAGUGGAGAAAGCUCUGUUGCUUCUUGAGGAGAUGGAUGAGGAAGACCUUCCAACUUCUCCAGCGUGUUACAGAUUCAUAAAGUCGAUAAGAAACCAGGCAGGAAAUGAGCUAUCUAAGGAAGAAGAAGAGAAUUUCCGAAUUGUAAGUUGUCGAGUUUAUUCGGUCAUGAUCAAACAUUUUGGGAAGCGUGGAAAGCUCAUGGAUCUCUUCAAUGAGAUGAUGAAGCAGGAGGACCAAGAAGAAAGUGCUCUUGAUGUCUACGCUUACAAUGCGCUUAUGUCAGGGAUGGUGAAGGCUGGUAUGAUAGAUGAAGCUAAUUUGUUGCUUAGAAAGAUGGAAGAGAAGGGCUGCAUCGCGGAUGUGAAUUCGCAUAAUAUCAUCUUGAAUGGGUUUGCUAGAACAGGUGUGCCAGAGCGGGCUAUAGAACUGUUUGAAACGAUGAAGCAUUCCGGGGUUAAGCCUGACGGUAUAACUUACAAUACUCUUCUUGGAUGUUUCGCACAUGCUGGAAUGUUUAAGGAGGCUGCAAGAAUGAUGAGAGAGAUGAAAGAUGAAGGCUUUGUGUAUGAUGCCAUCACUUACUCAUCUAUACUUGAAGCUGACGGCAAUGUGGAUCAAAAUCUUUUGCAGCAAAUGGUGGGUUUUGUUCAUCUUCUUAGGCUUAUGAUGAGUUACAUCGAUCUUUAUAUACUUUUUCUUAUGUGUGUUUACAGCAAUCCAGAUGACGACAUGGGAUGCAGGAUCAAUGAGCACGAGCACGAGCAAAGCAUCGAUGAGAUUGGUGUACAAGGCACUCCUACUCCUUCCGCCUCUAAAUCAGACGAUGAACCUAAUUAAGACACCCGCUGGUUCCAGUUAAAAAGGGGUUCAUGCUCAAGUUAUUAUCAAGCCUGGCUUGUUCAAUAUCUAAUUAUGUUUUGUUAAUCUAUAUUAUACUAUUGAGUUUUAAACAUGAUGGUUUUUUUUUUCUUCUGUAAGACUAUAAUUUAUGUAUCCACCUUGCUUAUCCACUUAACUUUGAAAAAAAAGUAUUUGUUAAU